GUUACUUUAUUUAUUAAAACGUGAUAUAAUAUGAGUCAAAAAGUGUUCAAAUUCGGUUCUAAUGAUUUAAUAAAGUUUAUUACGAUUUAUCGCAAUCAUGAGUGUCUUUGGGACACUGAAAAUGAAAAUUAUAAGAAUCGUGAUGCACGUAAUACUGCAUUAAUAGAAUUUGUGAAGGAAUUUGGAGUUGAAGGGUUUGGACCUAAGGAAAUAACGACCAAAAUAAAAAGUUUAAGGACACAGUAUCACGCGGAAAGAAAAAAGAUAAAAGAUUCAAUGGACACCGCUUCCGGUACUGAUGAUGUUUACAAAUCUAAACUUUCAUGGUAUAAUUUAAUGGAUUCUUUUGUAAUGAAAACUUCUGAACACAGAGAAACAACAUCAAAUAUGAAUGACACUUCAGUCGCAUCACCAAAUAUGGUUUUUAAAUUUGAAAAUACAGAAAAUUUUACAAAUCCAACAGGACAAGUCAUCGACGAAACCCCAGUACAGAUGCCCAUAAAAAGAAGAAAGAAGUCUCAUGGUUACAAAGAAACAGCAUCAAAAACACUGAAAAAUAUUAAAAAGAGGGCAAGAUUAGAUAAAAAAGACAAUGAAUUGGACAAUUUUGGCAAAUAUGUUGCCUCUUCAUUACGAAGAUUAUGUACCAAAAAUAUCAUACACGCACAGGAUGAAAUACAGGCAAUAUUAUCUAAAUAUAAACUCCAGGAACUGAAUGAAAGUCUAAACUCUACUCCAACGCCAGAAUCCUUGUAUUCGAAACAAAGCAGUGAAGACGCGUGGUGCGACUUGUAA